CUUCAUGUGGUUGACAUGGUAGGUGGUCAGAUUCGUUAUUCUAUACCGGAGGAGAUGAAGAAAGGCUCGGUCAUAGGCAAUGUGGCGCAGGACCUUGGCUUGGAUCUGAAAAGGCUCCGUUCUGGGCGGGCCCGCAUCGUGACCGGAGAAAACGUUCACUACACCGAGCUGAAGACAGACAAAGGGAUCCUAGUCGUGAAUGAGAGAAUAGACCGAGAGGAGCUUUGCGGAGACGUAACGCCGUGUAGCUUCAGCUUCGAGGUGAUUUUAGAAAACCCGAUCGAACUGCACAGAAUAACUGUUGAGGUUUUGGAUAUAAACGAUCACGCUCCCGUUUUCCCAAACAAAGAUAAACCGAUCAGUUUUGAAAUAAGUGAAUCAGCUGUAGUGGGAGUUCAGUUUCCACUGCAGAGUGCAGAGGAUCUUGAUGUGGGGCAGAACGCGCUGCAAGAUUAUGUUUUGUCUCCAAACGACAAUUUUAUUUUGAAGCAACAUGCAAAUCCAGACGGAAGUAAAUACGUUGAAAUGGUGCUCCAGAAGCCUUUAGACAGAGAACAACGUCCACAUUUGUCUUUAAAACUAAUCGCAGUUGACGGAGGAACACCACAGAGAUCUGGUACAGUGAAUAUAGAAGUCACUGUGUUAGAUGCCAACGACAAUAUUCCGGUUUUUAAUCAGUCAGUGUAUAAAGCAUCUGUCAUGGAAAACACAGUGAGGGGCACAAACGUUAUUACUGUAAAUGCCACAGACGCAGACAGUGGUUCAAACGGACUCAUUAUUUACAGUUUGUCUAAAAUGAAAGGAGGCGCAGCAGAUAUAUUCAGUAUUGAUGAAAACACCGGGACGAUUUCUGUGUCCGGUCAAAUAGAUUAUGAAAAAGACAGAAAAUAUGAGAUGAGGGUCGAGGCAAAGGAUCAUGGCGGUUUGAUUGGUACCAGCAAAGUAAUAUUUGAUGUUAUUGAUGUGAACGACAAUGCUCCGGUUAUAAAUAUUAUGUCGUUUUCUAACCCGGUAUCCGAGGACGCGCGACCUGGUACGACGAUUGCUGUUUUGAAUGUAAAAGAUGCAGAUUCCGAGAAAAAUGGGCAAAUAAAAUGUUCUAUAGAUGGAAAACUUCCCUUUAAAAUCGAGUCAUCUCUAACAAACUAUUACAAUUUAGUGUCCGAUCAACAUUUUGAUCGAGAAUCCAUCUCUGAAUAUAACAUAACAAUAACAGCCACAGAUUUUGGCUCUCCUCCACUUUCUAGCUCCGCAAAAUUACAUCUAAAAAUCUCCGACGUGAACGACAACGCACCAUUAUUUGAUAAAAGCAGCUAUUCUGCUUAUAUCACAGAGAAUAACUCACCUGGAUUUUCAAUAUUUGCUGUGAGCGCGAGGGACUCUGAUUGGAAUCAGAAUGCCAGAAUCUCGUAUCUUUUAGAGGACACGCAGGUCAGUGGUAGUCCAGUUUCUACUUAUGUGUCUUUAAACUCUGAAACUGGAGUUCUUAGUGCGGUUCGCUCCUUUGAUUAUGAGCAAAUUAAAGAGCUUCAGCUUGUGGUCAAAGCUCAGGAUGGAGGCUCUCCUCCACUCAGUAGCAAUGUGACAGUGAAAAUACUGAUCCAGGACCAGAACGACAACCCUCCUCAGGUUCUGUACCCAGUCCAGACUGGUGGCUCUGUGGUGGCUGAGAUGGUGCCUCGUUCAGCAGAUGUGGGCUAUCUGGUGACUAAAGUGGUGGCUGUUGAUGUGGACUCUGGACAGAAUGCCUGGCUGUCCUAUAAACUGCAGAAAGCCACAGACAGGGCGCUGUUUGAAGUGGGCUUACAGAAUGGAGAAAUCAGAACUAUCCGCCAAGUCAGUGAUAAAGAUGCAGUCAAACAGAGACUGACUGUUAUAGUGGAGGACAACGGGCAGCCCUCUCGUUCAGCUACAGUCAUUGUCAACGUGGCGGUGGCGGACAGCUUCCCUGAAGUGCUGUCGGAGUUCACUGACUUUCCACACGACAAGGAGUACAAUGACAACCUGACUUUUUACUUAGUGCUGGCUCUGGCUGUAGUUUCCUUCCUCUUCAUCACCUGUUUAGUUGUUAUUAUAUCAGUCAAAAUCUACAGAUGGAGACAGUCUCGCAUCCUGUAUCACUCCAAUCUGCCUGUGAUUCCAUAUUAUCCACCACGUUACUCAGACACUUUGGGGACAGGGACUCUCCAACACGUGUACAACUACGAGGUGUGCAGGACGACUGACUCCAGAAAGAGUGACUGUAAGUUCGGCAGAGCUGGUAGUCAGAACGUGCUGAUAAUGGAUCCCAGUUCUACAGGGACGAUGCAGCGGAUUCAGAGUGAGAAGAGCAUCCUGGAUGAACCAGACUCUCCUCUAGAGGUGAGUUAG